UUUUUUCCCAGACGCAGCAAAGCAUGGCAAGAAAGCGGAUGAUCAGCUGCCCCUUGCAAGCGGAAUCCGGUUAUGAUACAUCGCGCAACUUCGGUGUGAAAGUGUGCGCAACUGCCGCCAAGUAGCGAAGUCUCUGCAUUCUUCUGUCCGCAACUGCCGAAAAGUAGGAAACUAUAACCCACAAUUGGGGGGGGGAGCUCGGGAGCUCGACCCAAAAUGAAAGGCAAUACCGGGCGAAAUCCGGAACAGUUUCGCGCUCUGUCGGCGCAGUCCCUUCGAUCGUUUGGGGAUCGACGAGUUCUAGCAGAGUCAAUCUGUCUGCGAUCAGGAUGAAGAAAUGGAGCACCUAAUUAGCGGCUCUCGUCUGCGGAGCCUCCGCAGAAAAUCACCUAAGCCAGAAACUCCUGCAGCGCACCCAUGUCAGGACUUCUUUGUCUUCCUCUGAGGCUCUGAGGGGGACGGGCGAGCGCCUGGCAGGCACUGAAAGAUGUGGCGGGAUCGAACAACAAUCAACGCCAACGCGCCCGCGAUUGCCGCAAAAUUGGGGGGGCGGCACCCCAUGUCGUCUGUCGCUCAGAUCCACUUCGACGGCUGGUGCCUGCUUGGCUAGACCAAUACAAACAAACUGGGGGGAGCUUGGGAGCUCGACCCAAAAUAAAAGCAGGCCACGCUGCCAGACCGCAGCAACGACGUGAAAUAUGGCUGGGCGGCCUCUUGGAGGCCUAGGAAGGUCGGCGAAUGUGCCAGGGGCGUCCACCGAUCAACGGCAUACCGAGACGUCCGUGGGAGGCACUGAGUCCUCCAGGCCACGGGGAUCUCACCCACAGUUCCGGGAACCCUUGCUUCCAUGUGAACUUGUGAAAAACAACAUAAUGUAUUACCCCCCGUAAACAUCCGUGACAACGGGAGGCGCGUGGUAGGAUCUGGCCGCCGUGUGGCGGGCUCGGACAUGGCACUGACAGUAGUGACGGAAAUAGCAAAACUAAUGAUAGUAGGAGCACUGGUAACGGCCACGAAGACGACGAGGUAAGCAACUGCAGUUGUAGCAAUCAUGGCAGGACACGCUGGACGAGCUCCCGAUUAAUCAUGCCUGACUCCAAUCGUCACAACAGUCUGGCUACUGGUUAAACUUGUAAUGCUGUACGCUGCGUGGCGGCGGAGAGAACGUGGCCGGUGGAGCGAGCCGUGAUUUAUCUUACUGCACCUCCCUCCCCAGAAUGUCCUCCCAAGCGUAACUCCUUGAAACCACUCCUCCAUCACUCGCGCCGCUUGCAAACUGGCGCACAUGGCGCGGCAGGAGGCCGCAGCUGUCUGCGCCCGGGCGGGCACGUAUUGCAGUAACCAUGCGUCAUGUAGGUUUCUCUUUUUACGACUGGGAUUCAGCAUCGCCUGAUGAGCCUGAUGCGUGAUGACGCGGUCGGUAAUCCACAAGUUCUUCGAAUUGAUUGUAUAACGAAGUCAUACUCCCUUGGCGAACAAACCCAGUUGGCAUUCGAAGGAACUCUCCGGGUUCGAAUAUAUCAUCGUCGGGAUCCAGUCUCGUUGGGAACAGAUGCAAGUUCCACAAGAUGAGGAGAACGAGGUAGAGCACGAGACUGGCCAUCCAAAGACAUCUGUCUCUCGUGCUGCCGUUGAAGAAUUCGGAACUCGCUGCAUUGAUGAGCCCUGCCGCGAACCCUUCGUGAAAUCCCAUACACGUGAACGAAGCAAUGACUGCGCAGAGCUCGGUGACAACACGGGCGAAAGGGUACAAUUCGAAUUUAGAUCGCGCGACGUUCAUGAGAUAGAGCCUCACGGGGUAAACCGUAGGAUAUAUACCGAAAAAACUUAUGGCGCAGGUUGCUGCUUUAGUUAGCAUCUGUUGGGCAAGUUGACUUCCUGCUCCAAGCUCAAUCUCUGCAGCCAUUUCGCGCGGCAUUCCAUCACACCCGAAUACAUUAAAAGCCGAAGAAAACAACCACGGCAACAUCAACAACAAGCAACAACGGUAUGGGAUAAGUGUGGCUGACCCUGUAGAAUUUUCUAUGUGGUUGCUGAGCCUCUCAUUGACGAAUUCGUCAAAUGCUACAAUGGGGUAUUCGUAGUCCUUCCACAGAUACUUGAUCAUAUCCGCAACGACCUCACGAUCGCUCUCGAAUCUACACUUCGCUCUUCCGAACGCGAACUCUCUACACUGAGACAACAUGUUUGACUGUAUGUCUAACUUGGUGCGAGUAGCAUACCAAGUGGGUACAAUCAACGGCAAAUACGCGACAAUGAAGGUGCAGCCUACGCCAACGAAGAGCGACGAAAACGUCAACAAAGAGGGUUGUUCAACAAUACCUGUUGAAGCAAUGUACUCUGCUACAUGGGGGAUCCAAACGAAAAGCUUGCUGGAUACAAUGAUGCUGACAACGUUUAGAGUCAUUGUUACAAUGAUCCAUGGCGCAAACCAAAGAGGAAGCAUGUCAAGCCUGGCAGCUCCGUUAAUCGCUGCAAAGGAUGCGACCUCGGCAUUGCACCACAAGCGUUCGAAAUAUGUAUCGCUCCACAGGACAAUCAUCCGAUCCGACUUUGCAACAAAUUCUGGAAUGGCAGUGACACCCUUAAUCUGUAGGUCCUUGCGAGUCUGAUGGAUGCUCAGCUUAUCCAGCCACAUGGUUUGAAUGGGAACUCGAACCAUAUGGCCACAAAACAACACGACAACAAAUACCAACAUUGGGACGCCCAAGAAUACCAUGAGCAUACCUGGUUGCGCGUUCAUUCCAAAUGGGCCGUUGAUGAUCACCAUUAUGCAAAUUGUCACAAUCCAAGCACCGACGCUAGCAAUGACAGCCGACUCAAUGUUCAAGUAAUAAUACAAUGCCAGAACCUUGAGUCCACGAUCCGCUGCCCACACGUGGCUCAGAAACGCUCCAACUCGUUCUACUUGCUGACAUGCGUAAUAUACCUGGUCAGCUGCUUCAUGCGCAUCGUUGUUUGCAUCGAGGAGACCAGCGGGCGAUAAUUGCGAAGUCGCUUUGGCAGCAGCCGUUUCGAACGCUGAUCUACUAAACACUUCCCCGAAGCAACGUAGAACACGCUUGGGGUGGACAGCGCGGAACAAGUCGGGCUGAUCUUUCAGAAAGAAGCGCCUGCGUUCAGGCAUGCCACCUUCUUCUACUUGGUCAACUGCUUCAUGCGCAUCGGUCUUUAGAUCGAAGAGAACAGCAGGUUUGUCCGCAACCUUCUCGAACGCCGAUCUACGGAACACUUCUCCGAAACAACGUAGAGCACGGUUGGGGUGGAGAGCGCGGAACGAGUAGGGCUGAUCUUUCGAAAAGAAACGCCUGCGUUCAGGCAUGAGUAACAUCUAAAGCAAUUCAACCUUGGGAGUCAAGGUCAUGAGCCAAAAUGGC